GCCCAUUCACCUAAGCAGCCACCAGAGACUUCGGAAGACCAGAAAUAAAAUUCUCCAAUCUCUAAUACUCUGCCCUCUGCAUUUCUGCUGCUCACAAACCCCAAAAAGGUUGACUAGAGAGUGGUGCGGUGCUGUUAAGUGAUCUGUCUUCAUUUCAUAUGGCUGACGAGGAACCUGUUGAUCAGAAACGCUUGUUGGAAGAUUUAUGCAAGCCAAAGUGUGUCAAACCUUUGUUUGAGUAUCAGGCAUGUGUUAAAAGGAUCCAAGGGGAUGAAACUGGUCACAAGCAUUGCACGGGACAAUAUUUUGAUUACUGGCAGUGCGUCGAUAAAUGUGUUGCAGUCAAGCUAUUUGAUAAACUCAAGUGACUGGAAAUAUCUUCUUGGUAUAUCAAUACAAACUAGUGAGGCUUUUAUAUGCUUCUGAUAUAGUUCGUUUCACCUAACUAUCUCCUUGAACUAAAGAAACACCAAGUUUCAAUAAUAAAUGAGACUAUGGGAUUGGUUUUGAUGAUCGUCAAUUGUUUCUAGUAUUUCUGUGCACUCGAGGAUAAUUGUUAACGAUGCCCAUUUGAUUCUUUAAUGAUUUAUUAGCCCAUUGUCCCAUCA